UUGGCGGGGUUUAUGGCAAGCAACGGCACGACAGACGUUGUGAACCGGAAUGGGCCCGCCACUCCCCCCAACACCCUUCAGCUGCGCUCCUCUCACAACGAACUGCUGAAUGCCGAAAUCAAGCACACGGAGGUCAAGCACAGCACACCUCCCAAAUGCAGGAAAAAAUACGCCCUGACCAACAUUCAGACAGCCAUGGGUCUUUCCGACCCCGCAGCCCAACCUUUGCUGGGCAGCAAUUCCUCCAACAUAAAGCUGGUGAAAAACGGAGAAAACCAGCUUAGGAAAGCGGCAGAACAAGGACAGCAGGACCCCAAUAAAAACCUGGCCGCUCCGUUGGUGACCGCGGGUCUAAACAUAACUUCUGAGAAGUUGGAGGGGAAGGAACCAAGCCAACAGGACUCUUCCGGCGGCGAAAUCCUGCCCGCCCAACACCGAAGAACUAAGAGCUUCCUAAACUACUAUGCAGAUCUUGAGACAUCGGCCAGGGAGGUGGAGCAGAAUAAUGGCGAGAGCCAGGUGGUGGCAGCGGAGGAGAAAUUGCCUUCACAAUGCAAUAGUCAAACAUCCGUGGUCGUGGCGAACGGCGAUCCCUUGCCUCCAAAGCAAGACAAGGCAGCGAGUCCUGAAGAUGGGCCAACAGCAGCCAUCUCUUCCAGCCCAGAGACGAAAAAGGAUCACCCUAAAACUGGCGCCAAGACAGAUUGUGCGCUACACAGGAUUCAGAACCUGGCUCCCAGUGAUGAGGACUCUAGCUGGACCACCUUGUCUCAAGAUAGUGCUUCUCUGAGUUCCCCGGAGGAAACAGAUAUUUGGAGCGACCACUCGUUCCAGUCCGAUCCUGACCUUCCACCGGGUUGGAAGAAGAUCAGCGAUAUAGCGGGGGUCUAUUACUGGCACAUACCCACAGGGACCACCCAAUGGGAGCGCCCCAUCUCGGCGCCCGCGGAUCUUCAGUGCUCAAGGAACGGUUCCUUGAGUUCGCUCGCCUCCUCGCCUAGUCCAGAAACGGAGGACCUUCACGCAGCCACCGUGAACCCAGACCCCAGUUUGAAAGAGUUUGAAGGGGCUACUUUACGAUACGCUUCCCUGAAGCUCAGAAAUCCUCCGCAGUGUGACGAACCUGAUCCCGGUAGCAUCAACAGCGAUCCGGAAGCUAAGUGCUUCGCUGUUCGUUCCUUGGGGUGGGUAGAGAUGGGAGAGGAAGAUUUGGCGCCUGGAAAAAGCAGCGUGGCGGUAAACAACUGCAUCCGGCAACUCUCGUACUGCAAAAACGACAUAAGAGAUACCGUGGGCAUCUGGGGAGAGGUAAGAAAUGCCUCCAUUUUGAAUAAAAAGUCAUUUCUUAUAUCCAUGGAGUGUUAUAAAUGUAUGGUGAUGUUUGGAAACAGGUCAAACAAAGCGGGCUGGUCUUCUCCGUGUGUCUGUGCUUUUCCUAACUCUCUCUGCUCUGUUUUUCCAUGCUUUUCCGGAUUCAGAGAAAGGGAUUUCGCCUACGUAGCCCGAGACAGAGAGACACGGAUUCUGAAAUGCCACGUGUUUCGAUGUGACACCCCAGCAAAAGCCAUCGCCACGAGCCUCCACGAAAUCUGUUCUAAGAUUAUGGCUGAACGGAAGAAUGCCAAAGCUGUGGCUUGCAACUCGUUACAGGAACGGACGGCCGUCACCCUUGACGUUCCUUUGCAAGUAGAUUUUCCAACACCAAAGACUGAGUUGGUCCAGAAAUUUCAUGUGCAGUACCUGGGCAUGCUGUCUGUCAUUAAGCCAGUGGGUAUGGACACGCUGAACGGAGCUAUAGAAAGCCUGACGGAGUCCUCUAACAGGGAAGACUGGAUGGCUGUCACCAUGAACGUCGCGGAUGCUACUGUGACCGUCAUCAGCGAAGGAAACGAAGAGGAGAUCGUGGUGGAAUGUCGCGUCCGCUUUUUGUCCUUCAUGGGUGUGGGGAAAGACGUACAUACGUUUGCCUUCAUUAUGGACACGGGGAACCAGCAUUUCGAGUGUCACGUCUUCUGGUGUGAACCCAACGCUGGCAACGUCUCCGAGGCCGUCCAAGCUGCUUGUAUGCUGCGGUAUCAGAAGUGUCUGGUCGCCCGGCCUCUUUCUCAGAAAGUCCGCCCGCCUCCUCCUCCAGCAGACUCCAUGACGAGACGGGUCACCACCAACGUAAAACGCGGGGUCCUGUCCCUGAUUGACACUUUGAAACAGAAGCGUCCCGUGACUGACAUGCCGUGA